GCACGUGGGUCUGUCGCGGUGCUUGGUGGGUGCGGACGUGCAGAGGUUUAUUCAGCUCAUCCCAGCCCCGCUGCUCGCCUCUGCUCGGCCUAGCCCCGCUCCAGCCUCCCCGCGCCGCCGCCCGCCGGAGCCGCCGCCAAGAUGCCGAUCUUCGUGGUGCAGACCAAUGUGCCGCGCUCCGCGGUGCCCGACUCCCUGCUGAGCGAGCUCACAACGCAGCUGGCCAAGGCCACGGGCAAGCCGGCCCAGUACGUUGCCGUGCACAUCUCGGCCGACCAGCUGAUGGCUUUCGGGGGCUCCUCGGACCCGUGCGCCCUCUGCAGCCUGCACAGCAUCGGCAAGAUCGGCGGGCCCCAGAACAAGGCAUACAGCAAGCAGCUCUGCGAGCUGCUCACCAAGCACCUCAAAAUACCUGGGGACCGGUGAGAGGGGGCCGCUGUGGAGCCAGGGACCACUGGGUCACCUAGUGCCCCCUCUCUAGGCCUCAGUUUCCUCCUUUGUGACUGGGGGCGGCUGGGGGGGCUGACCAGAGACUCCUGCCCCCAAGGCCUUUUGGCUCGGGGCCUUCUCUCCGGUUUAAACUUUAAACUAGCCCGAGGCCACGGGGUGGGGUUGGAGAUGGGAAGGAC